UAUUAUUUAUAACUAUAAAAUGUCUUAUAAAUAUUACAAAAAAAAUUCAAAAUUUAUUAUCUUUUCUUUCAGAAAUAAUUAGUAUUAUAUUUAAAUAAAAUAAGACAUUCAAUAUAUAAAAAAUUAUAAAAAAAGUUUAUUAAAAAAAUUGAAAAGAAAAUGCAGCGCUGUUAUCGAGGUGAAAUGUCUGAGCGCUAACAAUUUCCCCCCUAAACUAAAACACUCAGUAUUAUUUCCCCCCUUAACCAAAAACACUCCCGAUCUCUCAGACACUCUAGCUCCAAACACCACGACCAUCGCUCAGACACUCUAGCUCCAACCAUCGCGACCUCACCCACUCUCCUCUCCUGUCUCUCUUCACUUCCUCCCUCUCUAGUCUCUGUUCACCCUCACCCUUCAAUCUCCCUCUCACCCAGUCUCUCUCUCAAUAGCUCCGAUUAGGGUUCAAAUAUUAGAUCUCUCUCACUAGCUUCAUAUAUUGUCUCCGAAUGGUAAUUGAAUACACAAGCACACACAAUUUCUCCAAUUAGGAUUACUAACUUCCGAAUUUUCUCAAUUUGCAAGCUGGUUAGGGUUUCAUAAAUUGGGACUUUUGUUUAUAAGGCGAUUUAAAGUUGUUGAGUUUUAAAGCGGUUUUAAGGAUGGGAGAAAAAGUUGUGAUUAUUAGAUUGAACUAUGAUGGGAUUUUUAAGAAAGACAGUUAUGCUGGUGGAAAGUCUUUUGCAGUAAGCAAAUUAGACACUGAAGAGUUUUCAUAUUCAGUGCUAAUGGAAUUCGUCAAGGAUUAUCUACACUUGACAGAAAUAGGAGGUAUAUACAUGGGAGAUGACAGUGGUUGGAAGCUUUUGACAAACGAUAAAGAAUUGUUAAAGCUUGUAGAUGGGUGUGAAAAUGAGGGUGAGAUAGUUCUGUAUGUUGACACGGUGGUGGAAAGAGAAAUUGAGCCCUCUGUUCAGAUGCAGCCUUGGGUAAUUGUACGACCGAGGCCAGACAUCACACAAGGAACUGUAAAAGAACAAGUGAAGCGGAAAUUUGUUACUGCACACCAGCUCAAACAGCAACAACAAAAAAAGAUGAAGAUGAAGCAGAAGCAAACUCAGCCGCCAAGGAGGAUUUUAUCACCGCGACAGUGUAAGAAGCCAGUUGCAGGGAAUACACCACAUGAAGAACCAACUGUUAACAAAGAACCACCUGUUAACAAGGAACCAAAUGUUAACAAAGAACCACCUCUUAACAAAGAACCAACUAUCAAUAAAAACAGCACGGUGAAAAGGAAAUUGAAUUUACAGGAUGGCAACACUAAUGGCAAAACUGACAUUGCUGUUCAGUCAGCUGCACAGCCAUUACCAGAAGUGGAUGAAUAUGAGCAAGAAAGGAUCAACCAUGUGCUCGAAAACAGGGCAAAGUUUAAAGAACUUGGAUUAGAUAAAUAUAUGCCUCCUCUUAAAAUACCAACAAUCAGGAAAAAUAAGAGAAAGGAGCAAGACCAAUAGGAAUCUCAUGUUGAAUAUAUCUUGGAAAAUGAAAGCGAAGAAGAAAGUGAUGAUGCAUCGCAGGCAAAGAAGAAAGAACUUGGGCCCAAAACUCGUUCCCGAGCCAAUGAUUGCGAGAAGAAAGCAAGUAAAUCUGCCACUACUGCUAAUAAGGGAGUGAAGAGUACAUCUUCACGAAAACUCUUAAAUCCAACAUGUAGUAAGUUGUCAAAACAGUGUGGCAAUAUUAAAAGUGGUUCAAUUGCUGCUUAUAUGGUGUUGAGGGAACGUCAGGCGCAGAAUGUUGAACCUGAUCCAAUUAUAGAGGAUGUUGGUGAGUCUAGUUUACCAAAUGCAGACGAAGAAGAAGUUGAACCAGGAAAGGUAUGAUAUUCCUGAACGUGGCCACAAGUGGAUAAACACGACACUUAAUACUUGUUGGAGAGUGCACAAGUCCCGUGUGAAGAAAGAACACUACACAAAAUAUACAACUGAUGAGGAGAGGAUUCAAAAUAGGCCGGAGGAAAUUCCACUUGAGGAUUUCAAGUUAUUGAUCAUGUAUUGGGCAGAUGAAGGAGUUAAG